UCAUCACCACGCGACUUAGGGCAGGUAAACAUUUCCGCUGUGUCGCCAUGGAUUCAAACAAGGACGAAGCAGAGCGAUGCAUUAAAAUAGCCCUAAAUUCGAUCACCAGCAACCAGCCGGACAGAGCCAGGAAGUUUUUGGAAAAGGCGCAGCGUCUUUUCCCCACAGAUCAAGCCAGAAACUUAUUGGAGUCCUUGGCCCAGAAUGGAAAGCCUCCAGAUGAAAAUGGUGGUCCUCUGAACGGAGAAGAACCCAGUCUGAGGCACCGCAAUCGCAGAGACGAAGCUAAAGUGUCACAGGGGCCCGCAGACUCCUCUAAGUCUUACACGGCGGAGCAGCUGGAGGCUGUCAAAAAGAUUAAAAGCUGUAAAGAUUAUUACCAAAUUCUCGGAGUGGAAAAAACUGCCUCUGAGGAGGACCUUAAAAAGUCUUACAGAAAGCUGGCUUUAAAAUUUCACCCCGAUAAAAACCAUGCACCUGGAGCCACUGAAGCAUUUAAAGCCAUCGGCAAUGCUUACGCAGUUCUGAGUAACCCCGACAAACGAAGGCAGUACGAUCAGUAUGGAGAGGAGAGAACACACCCAAACAGGCAAAGACAUCACCACGAUUUUGAAGCAGACAUCUCUCCCGAGGACCUCUUUAACAUGUUUUUUGGUGGAGGAUUUCCAUCAAGUAAUGUACAUGUUUACAGAAAUGGCAGAAUGCACUUUGCACACCAUAACAGGCAAGAGAGGCGAGAGCAACAUAGAGAUGGAGGUCUGGCUCUAUUUGUCCAGAUUUUACCCAUCUUGAUUCUCAUCGUUGUUUCUGCUCUCAGCCAGUUGAUGAUCACACAGCCUCCAUACAGCCUUAGCCAUCGCCCGUCAGCAGGACAUAUACACAAAAGGCAUACAUCUAACCUGAAGGUGCCUUUUUAUGUGGGGGAACGUUUUAAUGAAGAAUACUCUGGUACUCUGAAGAAUGUUGAGAAAAGUGUAGAAGAAGACUACAUCUCUAAUCUAAGAAACAACUGCUGGAAGGAGAAGCAGCAGAAGGAAGGUUUGCUGUACCGUGCUCGCUACUUUGGAGAUUCUGAACUGUACCAAAGAGCGCAGAGAAUGGGAACCCCUAGUUGUUCCAGGCUAUCUGAGAUUCAAGUCAUACUGGAUGGAUAGAAACCUCUUGUACGCAAAUGGACUUGUCACUACUUGAAUCAAUGAGAAGACAUCAUAAAUUAGAGCGUCAUUGUGCAACAGCAGACCAGAGAAUCUAAUAAAAUGCCUUCCAGGCAGCUGCCUCAUCAGGGAACCCAUCUGUAAUGCGAUGUAGGCGGGACUUCCUGUAGGACUGUGACAAGUUUUCAACCGGCAUGGUCUUUCUUUUUCUAGUGUCCAGACAAUGGUUGAGUCCACAGGGCGACACGGUGGACACUACAAGACCCCUUUUGUCUGUUUGGACUCCUAAAAAGUUGCAAAGAUUAGCUUUCUUGGUCCUGAUUUUUACUUUUUUUUUGUUUUGUUUUGUUUCUUGUUAGAGAAACCUCAAGGCCUUCUCAUAGAUCAGAGGUGGGCACUGAGGGCCGCAUUCCUGCAUGUUUUCCAGCAUACCCUGCUCUGGCGAGUUCUAAUUGGCUGGACACACCUUAACCAGGUAAUCAGCCAUGAGUAGGGCAAGAUUAUUGGCUGGACACACCUGAAUCAGGUAAUCAGCCAUGAGUAGGGCUGACUAUCUGGAAAUCAUGCAGACACACCGGCCCUCGAGGCUUGGAAUUGCCCACCCCUGUCAUAGAUGGACAGUCUGAGCCAUUAAAAAAAGUGUGUAAUUUUUAUAGUUCAAUGUAAAUACUCCACUUUACUUUUAACAAUGCAGGGGUUAUUAGUCAUUUACUAUACCAUUUUUGUGAAUUUUCUUGUAGUUUGUUUGAGCAUAAUUAUUGAAAGUUGUUGCACAAAUAAAGUAAAACCAUAUUUAUUGAUUAACCUGCUGAAAUGAGAUGUUCCUUUGAAUAAAAACUUCCCAAUGAUUGA